UUAUACUAAGGCGCUUGCGUAUUGAGCUGUAAAAGUUAUAUCGUUGCAAUUUUAUUGCGGGUCGAGGAAUUGAGAUAUGUCUACCAUUUUGGUGCGGAAUUUGGCAGCAAUUUUAUUCUCUUCUGGUUCCGAUGUGUAGUUAUUAGAAGCUUAAGGAACAGAAGGGGGAAACCUACAUGUAUGCUUUCUAUCUCUAUUGGAAGUUAUUACACUCAUAAUGCUAUCAGUGAUGGAUUUGAAAUUUAUUUGCACUGACAUGAACUGCGAACAAGCUGCGUUUGGAGGGCGUCCCCAUACUUGGUAUCCACUUGCUCGGAAAAAAAAGCGCAGCGUGUUUUUACAUGUAGGCCCCACAAACAGUGGGAAAACUUAUCAUGCAUUGAAGCAGUUGGAAUUAAGUUCCUCAGGAAUAUAUUGUGGUCCAUUGAGACUUCUGGCAUGGGAAGUGGCUGAAAGGUUAAACAAAGCAAAUGUUCCAUGCAGUCUGAUUACUGGACAGGAGAGGGAGGAGAUUGAUGGUGCGAAACACGUGGCUAUGACUGUUGAAAUGGCUGAUGUUUCAUGUGAGUAUAAGUGUGCCGUCAUAGAUGAAAUUCAGAUGAUUGCCUGCAAAACGAGAGGUUUCUCAUUUACUCGUGCCUUGCUUGGAAUUCCGGCUGAUGAGUUGCACCUUUGUGGGGAACCAGCCGUUGUUUCUCUUAUUCAGGAAAUGCUUAGUGUUACAGGUGAUAUUAUGCAGGUUGAAUACUAUAAGAGACUUUCUCCUUUAAUUCCAUCAGAAAGGCCAUUGGAUUCUUUUUCAGAGAUUCGCACAGGAGAUUGUGUUGUUGCAUUCUCUCGACAAAAUAUCUAUUAUAUAAAGAAAAAAAUUGAAGCCAAAGGGGAACAUUUAUGUUCAAUAGUGUAUGGAUCAUUGCCACCUGAGACACGUACAAGACAGGCAAAAAUAUUCAAUGAUUCCACCACUGAGUUUGAUGUUCUUGUGGCAAGUGAUGCCAUUGGAAUGGGUUUAAAUUUGAACAUUCGUCGCAUAAUUUUCUCAACACUGAAGAAAUAUGAUGGUAUAGGAACUCGUGAUCUCACUAUUCCAGAGAUCAAGCAAAUAGCAGGAAGGGCUGGGAGAUAUGGUUCACUCUUUCCAAAUGGAGAAGUCACAUGCAUGUUAGAGGAAGAUCUUUGUAAAAUUCAUUCUGCACUUAAGGCUACCUCUUCUUGCUUGAAGGCUGCUGGGUUGUUUCCCACUUUUGAUAUAUUGGCCUUAUACUCAAGGCAGCACCCAAAGUGUACAUUCUAUUCAUUGCUGGAGCAAUUUGUGGAAAAGGCUAAACUUUCUUCGCAUUACUUCCUUAGCGACUGUGAAUCCAUUAUGAAUGCUGCAGCUAUGGUUGAAGAUCUGCCAUUAGGAUUACAUGAAAGAUAUAUCUUCUGCAUCAGUCCUGUUGAUGUAAAAGAUGACAUUUCAGCGCAAGGACUCAUCCAAUUUGCAGAAGCUUAUGCGAAAAAAGGUUUGGUGCACUUGCAUCAGAUUUUUACACCUGAAACCCUUCGUGUUCCAAAGUCAUACGAAGAAUUAAUGGAGCUUGAGUCCAUUUUUAAGGUUCUAGAUCUAUAUGUUUGGUUGGGUUUCCACUUCAAAGAAAGUUUUCCAGAUUAUGAGGUAGCAUCUUCUCAAAAAGCACUUUGUGCCAUGUUAAUUGAAGAAUAUUUAGAAAGAUUAGGAUGGAAGAAGCAUAAAAGACGUUCAAACCAAUCAAAAAUUUCUUUUAAGCAGAAAUUGCUUUUACAAAUGUGAGCUCAUUGUCCGAGUUUAUAAAAUAGUAUCCAAUUUUGUAAUGUAAGUUUCUAAGGUUAUUUAUAUUUUUUAUGGUCAAUUUAAUAAUCAAAAUGGGUUAUAUCCAUUCUUUGUGAUGAAAUUGUUGGGAUUAUAUAAGAUAACUCAAGGUGGUUUGUUAUUCUGGGUAAAAUAUUGUGUAACAUAUCUAAAUUAAAAUACAAUUUUCAAAAGAUUUUUAAUAA